ACACUGAAGCAUUUACUUACUAUCUGGAAAGGAUCCCGCAAGAUAAAGAUGGUGCAAAAAAUAUUACUUUUAACUAUAAGAAAUUAUCUGAUCUUGAUGAGAUAUUUGGCAACAAUAUUAAAAGUAUAAGCGGAUUUAAUGAACUUCCUCAAAUAAAUUUUCCAAGCUAUGAUGUGGAGGAUGAGGAAUUAACAAAAAUUGUUUCUCGUGUAGUAGAACGAUUAAAGUUACUAAUUGCCACUUCAGGGCCAAUUGUGGGAAAGAACGAAAUGGAAAGAUCAUAUUUCAUUGAUGCACUUCUUAGAGAAAUAGUAUUUUUUUUUGGUGAAAAAUUUUCUAUAAGUCAACAAUAUAAUGUAAUUGGUUCUCAUGGUGAUGGAAGAGUAGAUUUUUUAAUCAUGCAUGGUGAAAUAAUAAUUUGUAUCAUGGAAGCAAAAACAACAGAAAUUGAAGAAGGUAUGGCACAGAAUUUUGUGCAACUACAUUCGGCAUGUGAGAAAAAUAUCAGGAAAAGAAAAUACAGUGCAAUCGAAUAUGUUUAUGGCAUAGUUUCAACUGGUGACCAAUGGAUCUUUACAAUAGUAACAUCAGAUAAUAAAUUAGCUGCAACAAAUAAAAAUGUUCAGAUUAUUGGAGUUCAUACCAAAUAUUAUGAUGAAGAUCUUUUGAAGAGAGAGACUUUAAGUUUGGUUAGGGUUAUUUCAAGUAUUUUAAAUGAUAGCAUCUCAAAUAGCAGCCCACAAUCUAAAAAGAUCCGAAUUGAAAAAAUCUUAUCAUUAAAUAAGGGUUGA